AAUAGGCCUAUAUGUUUUAAGGCAAAAACUGCCAGUUAACUGUCAGCGUAUUAGCCUACAUUUUGAGUGUUAUUCACAUUUAUAGCUCACAAUUUAAACAAUUUAGCAUGCAAAGUGCUAAAAAUUAAAAUCAAAGACAAAGUAAAAUAAGAAUUAAAAGGCUACCAAAUAAAUAAAUAACUGAAGAGGAAUAAAAUACAGAUUGAAUAAUUAAAUAUAUUCAUACUAGCCUACAUAAAAACAAGUCUAGCUGAAAUCAUUCAAAUGAGAUUUAACAGAUAAAAUCAAAACUUCUAUUUUAAGGCCUUUUAUGGGAAUCCUGAAGCUGUCAACUGUAAUUGGAUGGGGGGGAAAUUGGGCUAGUUUUCAUUCCUUUUGGGUGGGUUUUAAGUUGGCUUUGGGCUGGAAAUGUUUCAGAGAUCUGGCAACCCUUGGAACAAAUGUAAAUGUGACUGCACCUUUUAGUUCCAAUCACAUUUUCCAUUGUUCAGCAAAUCUUUGUGGGCGAAGUACAGUAAUUUCAAUAAGAAUCCAUGCGAUCAGAAUUUCAUGUGAGGGUGAAAGUUUUCCCCACAGAUUUCGCAGAGGGUUCAAAUGGGUCACGACAAGUUGUUGAACAGAAAUCUGUUUGGUUUGAAAGUGACUUCUGUGUGAGUGGUGCUUCAUACAUCGCCACACUAUUGACAAGACAACUGGCUCUUUUUGCUAAUAUUUUCCAAAUGUGACUGCAACUUAGACAGCUACCUAGACAGUACACAAUAUUCCUCCUGUCUUGUUUCUUGAUGAAGUCCUGGGAACAGAGCCAGUCAAGUUUAUUUAGAUUUCAGUUGAUUUAUAAUUCAUAUAAGGAUUAAUCAUGCCUUAAUUAAUUUGACAUCAAAUGUGGGCGGCAAAUAUUUAGUUACAUUGCCUGUAUGAUGUUACUGCUUCAUUUUGAUAAUGAUGUUCCUUUUUAAUCAGGGUGAUGUGGCUUUAUUCACCGUAAGCAAGCACUCUCGUAUUCUGGGAUCCAAUUCGCGAGGGCGCAGUGAAGAUCUCCUGUCAAAAAAACAAACGCUGAAAUCGCACAUUUGCCAGAGGAAUUACUCUGUCCCAGUUCUACCAAAGGAAUUUGACUAAAUUUCAAGGAAACAAUAACAUAGGUAGGGUGGAUAACAUCUCAGUUUCCUUGUGGGUGAAGCAACCGUUCAACAUUGGUGCAGACUAUAACUGACAAGCUCUGGUGGGUCUUUAAUUGACUCUCAACACAAGCAAUCUCUGGAGCAACGCACAUCACCGAUGGACCAGCCAGUGCCGCCAGUAUCCUGGCUGGAGAUCGAUGUGGAUUUGGGCUUUGCCCUCUUCUUUCUCUUUCUUCUCUGCCUCUUCUUGUUGGUAACUGUCGUGCGUUGCGCUCAAACAGUUGUGGAUCCAUACGGAGCCAUCUCCACCUCCACCUAUCAGGAGGAGCAGAUAAAUAACUGAUAGCCAUUGUGAUCUCGCCAAUCUAACACACUGGAUGAAACACAAAGGAGUUUAUGAAAACUACAUCUGUGUUCAGAAUGGAAGACUAUGCAUUAUGCAUUGAUGAACAAUUGUCAAAUUCUCUUAGUGUAUUUGUCACAUGACAUCAUUACAUUAUUUUAAACAUGAAAUGAGGUCUGUGCUAUGCCAGAAAUUAAUAAAAUGCUAAUUAUGUCAUUA